CUGAUUUCUAAACAUCACCCACUGGACCGAAUCAACUAAUUGUUGAAAUAAGGACGUACAAACUUUAUAUUACCUAUUUGUUCUACGAAAUAAAUAAUUAAAAAUACCUCUUAAUAAAAAUCGGUUCGGUUUGAACCGAUUUUAUAACUCAAAAAACCUUCAUUAAACCGAUUUAUGUUCGAGUCCCGACUUUCGGGUCCCGUUUGAGUCGGUGCGGUUUCGGUUCGGUUUUUUUAACUUGUGUUGAAACUUUGAAAAGAAGGCUCAAUUACACAGGGCCUUCAUUACCUACCUGCCCGCCCUGAUGCUCACAUCAUACGUCUUCCCAUGCGCCUUCUUCCUGGCCAUGUGGCCGUUCAUUUGGACUCAGUAGUGGCUGACUUAAGUUUCCCUUUACAUCCGCUCCAAGUUGAACUCUUUCGGAGGCUCCACAUUGCCCCUGCUCUGCUCGUUCCGGCUGCCUAUCGUUUAAUUGCCGGCUUCAUGAUCCGAUGCCAUAGUGUGGGCGUUGUCCCCAUGGUAGAUUUGUUUCUUCACUUCUUCUGUGUCUCCCCUUUUGGCCGCACCGUUUACCUGGGUCUAAUUGCUCGUCCUGGGAGGAUUCUUUUUACCAAAAAUUUCCCCAAUCCGAUGGUUGGGAGAGGAGGUUUUUCUUUGACGAAGAUGGCUCCCCGAUGCCCUUCUCGGACAGAUGGAAUGCUUAUCCGGUCAAAUUUGAUUCUCCGACCGUAAUUGGUGAGGAGUUAGCUAACGCCGCUCUUAUUGCUUCUGUUUGUACCCAAAACCUCCGGAUGCUCGUGGUUUCCUCCCUGAUGGUGAAAGCUGGGAUAGGUAUGUCCAUUCGCGGUUCAGGGGCUUGCUCUUGGUGUUUUUAUGCAUCUAACUGUAUUGCUCCUCCCUUGCAGGUGUUUUCAGGCUCCAACUAUGGGUCGUACCAACGAGAUCCCCUUUAUCCCUAGACCGCUUCACAAGGGCAAGGGGAAGCUCAUUGUUGCGGAUUGCGGAUAGGCGGCUUGUGACGCGGUCUCAAGCCUUGGCUGAUUCUGAUGCCAGUCGUCCCCACAAGAAGCAUCGGCUCGAUGGAUCCUCCAAUUCGAUAGAUGUGGUAAAUCUUUCUGAUCAGGAAUCGGUGGUCCCUCCCAAGCCUAAGGCAGCUCGUCCUCCCCCAACUUCUGAAACCAACAUGGAUCUUACCUUUGGGCUUAUAGAGUUUUCCGGGAUGAGUCCGCAUGCCAAGUCCAGGAUGCUGUUCGGGCAGACGGCCUCCUCCAUCCGGUGUACCCUUGGCCUGAAGGUCCCUUCCGAUUUUUCCGCCUAUGAACAGCCUCAAGAUCUGCUUGAGUGUGGCCUCAGUGAGCUGGACAAGGCCGACAUGUACUUCAACAAGGCCCGGGCCGCCUAUGAACGGGAAGGCACGAAGAUGGCCAACUGAGGGGAGAAGCCAAAAACCUGAUCUGGAGCACUAGAGUCUGUGUCGCUCGUCUCCAAGAAAAGGCAGAUGUUUCUGACAAGAUUGCCCGUGAGAACGCGACAUUGAAAGAGAAACGCAAGUGCCAAGAGGUGGAGCUGCGGAUGCUCCGUGCUCAGCUCACAGCCUUUGAAAAGGCCGGUGUGGUUGUUCGUCGGGUAGGGGCAGACGAAGCGGCUCUGGACUACGAGGCCGAUGUCUCCAAGAUCAAGGCUGUCGGCUCGGCUGAAUUCCAACGGUCCACAACUUUUCGGGAUGCCUUGAGGAUUGUUGCCAGAAAUUCAUACCCGGUUUGUUGGGGAGCACUUGGAGCGGAGCAAGGAGCCUUACCAAGAUGGCAUCAAAUUGCUCAAGGUGUUCCUCCGCCAGGCAGCGGUUCCUCGCCGAGUUGGCCGAUGAUACUUUCGCCAAGGGCAUGGCCUGUUUGAUCCAAGAGAACCUGCUAGUUCUAGAGCGCCACUUCCUGGCUCCGUUCUAUCCUGAGGUCGCCGAGUUUGAUGACAUGUUGCUUGAGGCCUACGAUGAGGCUCUUCGGGUCAUCAAGAAGAAGAAAGAUGUUAUUAAAACAUAAUUUAUUAUUAAUGUUAUCACUUAUCCGUUAACUGAUGUAUAGCGCACAACCUGUGCAUAGCCUAGUCAUGCGGCGUAUUAUAUUACUAGUACGUAUUAUUAGAGAGUUAGUUAUACAUACUUAUCUCUUAGUUUAAGGCUACGUAUAGAAGUGUAUAUAUACACAAUAUGAUUGUACUCAUAAUUAAUUCAA